GCCAGUAUGAUGCUGCCGUGACUCGUUCGCAGCGCGUUCCUAAUUGUUGGAUUAAUCUGUAAUAAGGAUAAUCAUUAUUACCUCCUGAUGUGUGGCUUUAUAGGGCCUUCUGUGUGGGAUUAGAAUACUACUUACGUGUCAGAGUGCGCGGAUCUUUGGACCUUCUAGCCCUGAUGUAGAACAAGUUGACAGUUGGUCGGCAGGCACAAGCGUGUAUGAUGGACGUACGGCGCUAUUACGAGAAACAGCACAGCAUCUGAGUGAGGGAUAGACCUGCUCAGUAUCCUUUCCUGCGCCGCUCCGCCUUGCACAGUUCGUCUGUCUUCCUCUUUUCAUCUGGUCUGCCCAGGCUUGCAUGCCUGUUUCAUGCGAGCGCGCCAGGAUCGUCUUCUCUCAUUAAUGGCUUUGUCUUCACCUUGUAACGCUUUGAAAUCUUUGAUUGUUGUAUUGUUCUUGAUUUUGACCGGUGCACGGGCCGCUCAGGCUGGCACGCCGACGAACAGGACGAUUGACGACUACUACGGCGAUUCCGCCACCGGUGUAACACCGACAUACUCGACUGGCUGGAACUACGGUCCUGGGUGCUCAGUUUGCCUCAUCCAGCCAGUACCAGGCGAGACAUUCGACCAGUCGUGGCACGAUGUUACGGCAUCGCCGACCGACCCCGCGCCAAAGAUUAUAACACUCUCCUUCACCGGCACUGCAGUCUGGGUCUACGGGGUUGUGCCAAAUUAUGUCGCAUCUGCAACGACGUUUGUCAAUGUCAGCUUCGAGUUAGAUGGGGAGUCGGUGGGCUUGUAUACGCACGCGCCUUCACAGUCGACCGACUACAUGUACAACGUCACCCUCUACAGCAACACGGCAUUGGCGAAUGGACAGCACACGCUGGUGAUGACGCCUCAGCGUGAAUCAAGCCCGUCAUAUUUGGCGUUCGAUUGGGCACAAUACACGCUACGUCAACUGCUGGAACGACCAGCUCUCAGGCUACCGUACCUUCCCCUUCUGGUCCCUCAGUGACCACUUCAGUAUCCUUAUCGUCCAAACGCACACCCGUAGGGGCCAUCGUAGGCGGGGUUGUCGGCGGACUCGGCCUGUUCGCAAUUA